CUUUGCCCCCAAACCCUUCUUUUACCACAAAUCCAAACGAUUUUUGUUUCUCCUCCUCUGCCUGUCCAGUUAAAAUUUCAUUUCAUUGAAAAAGCUUCCUCUUCUUCAACCAGGCAUAACCAGGCUGAACUCCGAAACGAUUUUGAGCAACCUGAACCAUCUACAGAGCCCAGGCAACAUCUAAACUGCCUAAUGGAGAUCAUAAAAUUAUUACAGGAACGGUGCCUGUCCAUUCUAAACGUUUUGGUACGAAUCUGCCUCGGUCCAUUCCGCAGGUUUGCGUUGACUCCUCCACUCAGCCGGCAAACGCAACCUGAUCGCCAAAACGCUUUUGACCAGCUCGCACCACCAUUCUCUGCGUCUGCAUCCACGGAGCCCUGGCAGAUAUUCAUUAACCAUCGCGGAAGUGAUGUCAAAUACACACUUGCCAGCAAAAUUCACCAAACACUUGAUGGCAAGGGAUUCCGAGCUUUCCUCGAUGUAGAAGAACUUAAGGCCGGCGACGUGAUACCAGCAGAAAUAGCAGCAGCAAUGAAGAGUGCCUCUCUUCACAUUGCCAUUUUUUCUCCCAACUAUGCCCAAUCCCCAUGGUGUUUGGCUGAGCUAUCUUUCAUGCUAAAAACUGGUGCAAAAGUUAUCCCCAUAUUCUAUCAUGUUGAGCCCUCUGACCUCAGAUGGAUUGAGCAAGGAAAAGGAAAAUAUGCCCAUGCAUUUUCAGAUCACAGAAAGAAAGGCAGAUACACCCAGGAAAAGCUCAAUGAGUGGAAAAAGGCACUUCACGACAUUUCAUUCCAUUCCGGCCACGAGGUCAAAAAUAAUGAGGACGAGGCCACAGUUUUGAAGAAUAUUGUAACUUGUGCAUUGAAAGUCAUGAAAAGUGUUCCCUUGUGGGUCGCCGAACAUCCCCUUGGAUUGGAUGAAAUGGUGAAAGGCUUCCAAUCAGUCGCAAGUGAAGGCAAUGUAAAAAUCACGGGGAUCGUGGGCAUGGGAGGUAGUGGUAAAACCACUUUGGCCAAAGAACUCUUCAACAUAAACUUUUCCUCCUUUGAGAGAUGCAGUUUUGUUUCGGAUGUGCGUGAUGCAGCAUCCAGAAAUGCUCUGCUUGACAAGCAGAAAAAGCUUCUAACAGACCUCGGUGUCCAUCAUCUGUCAUUCGACAGUGUAGAUGAAGGCAAAGCAGUUCUCGGAAAUCAAUUGGGCUCUCAUCGGGGGCUCAUCGUUUUGGAUGACGUGGAUCACAUCGACCAGUUGAAUGCUCUUUUGCCAAAUAAAGACAACCUUGGAUCCGAGAGUAUGGUUAUUGUAACAUCCCGUGAAUUGGGGGUCCUUAAAUUAUGGGGCCUUUCCUGCAUUUAUAAAAUGCCAGGACUGAACAGGUCACAGGCCGAGCAGCUGUUCUGCUGGCACGCUUUCUUGCAACACUUUCCACCCACUGGAUUUGAAACUCUGGUUCAAGAUUUCUUGAAGGCAUGCAAUGGGUUGCCUCUGUCGCUAAAGGUUUUGGGGGCACAAUUAUAUGGCGAAAAGUCAAAAGAUUACUGGAAAUCCCUAUUAAAUAAACUCUCAAGAGUAUUGCCUGGCGACAUCCAAAAAAGUCUACAGCUUAGCUAUGAUGCUCUGGAUGAAGAAGAAAAAGAGAUGUUCUUGGAUGUGGCUUGUUUUCUCAUUGGAGAAUGGAAAAGCACUGCUACAGCAGUGUGGGAUGGAAUGCAUUGGAGUGGUCUGCACGGUUUACAAACACUUGUGAAUAAGUGUCUUGUGGAGCUGGUUUACGAGAGAGAUGGUCAGAGCGGACACUUCUUGUACGAGAAGAGGGAGAAGCUAAGGAUGCAUGAUCAUCUCAGGGAUAUGGGAAGGGAGAUAAUCAGAGCGGAAACUUAUUGUACGCGAAGAGGGAGAAGCUAAGGAUGCAUGAUCAUCUCAGGGAUAUGGGAAGGGAGAUUGCAAGUAGACACUCAUCAAAUCGUCUUUGGCAGCCACAGAUUAAUGACAUAAAGAAACAUUUCAAGAAAGAAAUGCCAAUUCGAGGGAUACAACCUCCAGCUACUUUUGUCGCAUACAAAGAGUACACCCAAUUAAUGGGAAUCUCAAGUAGAUUAUCAAAUGGAUUAGAAAUUCUUCAUGUAGAAGGAAAUGAUUUCACAGAAAAUUUUGCAUCGUUAUCAGAACAUCUUGUGUGGCUUCGCUGGGAAGGUUUUCCCCUAAAAAAAAUUCCAGUAUGGCUUACAUUAAGACAUUUAAGUGUUUUAGAGAUUCAUGGUGCUCAUGAGCUGGAAGAAUUGUGGGAAGAUAAUGUGGAUCCUCCUGAGCAAUUGAGAGAGCUUAUUAUAGAGUGGAGCGGAUAUUUGCAGCGGCUUCCAAGCUCAAUUGGACGUCUUCACUAUUUGUCGUUUUUUGCUCCAAAUCUAUCUUCACUACCUGAUGGUUUUGGCAAUUUAAAAAGCUUGAAGUCUCUAGAUUUAGGUAGAUGCGAGCAGUUGAGCGAGUUGCCAGGUUCUUUCACGCAGUUGAUGCACCUGGAAAAGCUACAAAUAUCAGAAUGUGAAAUUCUGUCCUCACUACCUGAUGGUUUUGGCAAUUUAAAAAGUUUGAAGUCUCUAGAUUUAGGUAGAUGCGAGCAGUUGAGCGAGUUGCCAGGUUCUUUCACGCAGUUGAUACACCUGGAAAAUCUAAAUUUAUCUUUUUGUGCCAAGCUUAAACUGAAAUUAGAUGUACUUGAAAACAUCAAGAAGCUCGCGUUCUUGGGACUCAGAGGUUGCGAGGAAAUAGAAGAUCUGCCUCAUCAGAUAGUGAACCAGGUUGCAUCAAGUUGAGAGCUUUACCUACUAACAUUGGUGCACUGGUCAAAUUAGAGUAUCUCACAUUUGAAAGUCCGAUGUUAAAAUGCUUGCAAAAUUCUCUUGUAAACUUGUGCUCAUUGAAGAAGAUUAGAAUUAUAGAUUCUAUUGGUGAAAUGGAUUUUGAUGCCCGGGCUGAAGACCACAAACAAGUCUCCAGGAUAUCAAUUUCCAGUAAUUGUUGUCCCGAUCUUGAAACUUUCGAGGUUGAGAAAAGUCUCCAUUUAAUGGAGAUAGAGACACUGCCAGUGUCUCUCAAAACCCUAUCAAUAAGAACAUGCCACGUGCUGAAGAAUAUUGGGUGUAUUAGUGGUCUCGUAAGCCUUAAAAAAUUGCUUAUAUGUGAUUGUCCGCAGAUACAAGAACUCCCAAGCUUUGCUGAUUUGGUUUCGCUGAAAGAAUUUGAAAUGGCGGAUUGCCCCAAAGUUGAAAAAAUAGAAGGUUUGCAACACUCCAAGUCAUUGAAGGAUCUGUUGCUUCGAAAUACCUGUUGGAAGGUGCCCGGUAUACAAAGUUUGGAGAGAGUGGAACGAUUGGACGAACUAGUGCUCGAAUGUGACACCAUAUCAGCUGUGAAACCUUGUAUUCAGUCUAUGAAGGAAUGCCCAAGGUAUCUGAGGAUACAAGGUAGCGUGAGCCGUUUCGCGGAGCCAGCUGUCAACGAGGUGGAUAAGACGUCCGGACAAUGGAAGAAGGGUGAUUAUUUGUUUUAUUUGGAGGGAAAGGAGGAGAAUGAGGAGGAGAGGAAAGUGGUACGAAUAUGUGUGUGCCUCGACGGUAUUACUCGUUAUAUGUCCAUUAGCGGCCUUCGGGGAAGGGGAAGUGUUGAAGUAGAGAGAGAGAGAGCAGUGGUAGUUGAGGGAAGAAGGGAAAGAGUGGUGGAGGCAUUUUACCGAUUAUUAGCACGUCUGGAAUAGGUAACACUCAUUUUAUGCUUUUAAGAAAAUAAGAUAGCCUAGGGAGAAUUAUGCGGCAGCCUAAAUUAACUUUAUGUAAAGUUUAUUGUUCUUGGAUUUAUAUUUCUAUUUGUGCUCACAAGUAUAUAUGAUUGCUAUAUAUAAUAUAAAAUAUUUUUUUA